AUGUCCGAUCAUCGGACGCUGCGACACUGGUGGGCGUAUAGGGUUCACUCUGAGCUCAUUGUGGCGCGUGGUUUGACGGGUAUUGGUGGAGGCGGGAUGAGUACCGUCGUAAGCAUCAUCAUGUCGGAUAUCGUGCCCCUUCGUUCUCGGGGAACAUGGCAAGGCGUUCUCAACAUCAUAUACGCGGCUGGCUCAGCAACUGGAGCUCCUCUUGGUGGUUUUUUGUCUGAUUCGAUUGGGUGGAGAUGGGGUUUCCUCGUUCAAGUGCCCGCCGUUGUCCUGGCAUUCCUCAGCGUCUCCUUUGCCCUUCAUCUUCCGCCUACCACAACUUCCAACCUACGCAACAAACUUGCCCGCGUCGACUUUUCUGGCGCCCUUUCCCUUGUGCUCACGGUCUUCCUCUUGUUAUUUGGGUUAGACCGAGGAGGAAACAUGUCCUGGUCGUCCCCGCUCACAAUCACAACGCUCUCCCUCUCCGUCGCGUUCUUCAUCACAUUCGCUUCAAUCGAGUUGUUCUAUGCAGCGGAGCCCUUCGCUCCCCGCCGAAUCAUUGCCCACCCAUCCCUGAUUUAUGCUUAUUUCGUCAACUUUUUCGGGCUCAUGGCUGGCUUUAGCGCAAUUUUCCAUAUAGCGCUUUUCUACCAGGCGGUGAUGAGGAUGCCUCCCGCCGAGGUGGGCUGGUGGAUGGUGCCCAGCGUUGUCGCCGGCGUCAUUGGAAGUCUUGGUGGUGGAUUGUGGAUACAAUCGACAGGGAAAUAUUACUGGGCUACCGUCUAUGCGUAUCUCGGUAUGGUGGUGGGCAUGGUGGGGACGACGAUUUCUGCGGGGCUUGUGGCAAAGAGCGCCGUCGGAGUUGCAGUAGGCUCGUUUGUCGUUGCGGUGGGGAACGGUAUGGGUGUAACCACCAGCUUGAUCGCUUUGAUCUCCAAUGCUGGCGCCGCAGACCAAGCAAUAGCGACAGCUGUGAGCUAUCUCUUCCGCUCGUUAGGUUCUGUGGUCGGACUCUCGAUCGGAAGUGCUAUUCUGCAAUUAACUCUGCGACGAAUCCUCCAUCGAACGCUGGGUGCGGAUGGGGAUAUCGAUGUCGAUGAGAUCACUGGCACCCGACAAGUCCGUGCCUCGCUCACCUAUAUCGACACCCUCCCGCCACAUAUUGCCCUCCUAGUAAGAGAAGCCUAUGAACGCGCUGUGCUAAACACGAUAUUGUUCUCCACAACGAUGUCGGUCGGUGCUCUGGUGGCGGCAGUCGGGAUUCACGAGAAAAAGAUUACGCCGGGAACCGUUAGCGCGCAGCCUACAGAAGAGGACGAUGAGUAA